AGGAACCCAAAGGCAGACAUAUAUUCACUUCCGUUAGACUUGUCUUCACUUCAAUCCGUCCGUCAAUUCGUGACCGAAAUCACGAAACGGGAGACAAAAGUAGAUAUACUUAUAAACAAUGCGGGCGUUUGUCUCGUACCGGAGUCUCAGACCGUCGAUGGCUAUGAACUGCAAUUUGGGACAAAUCAUCUGGGUCAUUUCCUAUUAACCCUAUCGCUAUUACCGUUGUUAAGAAAGCCAAUCAAAGCACGAGUAGUUACCCUGUCGUCGAUUGUCCACCGGUUAGGAGAGAUUCACUUUAACGACAUAAACCUACGGACUGCCGGUGUCUACAAUUCACUCACGGGUUAUACGCAGAGCAAACUGGCCAACGUGUUGUUCACCAGGGAGUUGGCCCGUCGACUGGGCUAUCACAGCACUGUCACAGCCUAUAGCCUCCAUCCCGGAGCGGUGGCCACCGAUUGGGACCGUAACAGCGGCUCACGAUUGUUGGCAUUUGGGUUACAUGUGAUCGGAAAGCCGUUUCAGUUGUCGGUCGAGAGGGGCUGUCAGACAACCCUCUACUGCGCCCUCGAGGAGGCGUUGGAUAAUGAGUCGGGCUUUUAUUACAGGUUAAUAUUCAAUUGUCGACGAGUGGAUGAUAUGGUGUCGACGGCUACUGACGACAAAAGUGCGGAACAGUUGUGGCAAUUGAGCCAAGAGUUGGUCCGACUUGAAGUUCACUUAAGACUUCCCAAAUAUAACAAACAUUAG